AUGCCCAUCGGCUUCUCCAUCGGCGCGCAAACACGCUACGCCCACGCCAUGUGUGCGCAAGCCGGCUUCGCGCAACCCCUUUCUCCCGCAUCUCCCCGGGGCAAAGGGGUCCAACGGCAAAUUCAAUCUCGCGACAAUGACCAGGAGAUGAAUUCGCUGCUCUACCUGCUCGCCAACAAAGAGGCUGUCAUCGGCAUCGUCCUUCUGGCUCUACAGGCUGCGGGGGAGUGGAAGGCGGUGGGGAUCAUGCUGGGGGUGGUAUGUGUGGGUGGGCUGGCGGAUAUGUAUGUUGCGGUGGUGAGGGGGAGUUUUGGGGCGUGGGAGGCGUUUUGGACGAUAGGGUUCGUCAAGUUUAUUGGGACUUGGGCGGCGUGGAAGAUAUGUCUGGAGAACUGGUGA